UUGAAACGUAGGCACAGACGCGAGAGUUGUUGUUUUGUUAUAACUGUGUACAAUGUGAUGGCGGGUGAAUUGGAAAGGGCGUUAUUGCGUUUGAAGGAUUGUUCCGAAAGAAAGUUUUCAAAAGAAGUCCCCUCAGUUAUAAGGACUGUGGGUGAAUACUUCGAUGAAGAGUUAACAAAAGCUGACUUGGACCUAGCGUUUGCCAUAAUAUUUUCGGAAAAGAUUGGUGUGCUAACAUUUCUAAAGAACAAUGUGAAAGAUACAGUCUUUAAGGAUGGUGUCUCAAAGAUUUUUAUGCUGCUUCAGAACUUGCUGGAAAGUUUUCCAGAAAGAAUUUCUUCGUAUGCGUGCCAGAUCAAGGCAGCAUGUUUGCAUUGCCUCAAGUCAGAAGUAACUGCUGCAGAAAAAGUGAAAGCACUUGAAGUAUUGCAGAGUGUUUUGAAGCUAAAUACAUGGGACCCAAAUUUGAAAAUUUCAGAACUAAUAACUACCUUGGAAAAUUAUUAUCCAAAGUCAAAGGCACAACCCACAGUUCAGCAACAUAUCUUACAUAUUUUGGGAAUUAUAGCUCACAGAUAUCCAGAGGAAACUAAUGGAAAGAGUCUGCUGAAUAGAUACAGAUUUGUUAUAAGAAGCCAGAAACUGACAUCAAAACAGCCAUUUGUUCUUAUCAUUGGCUGUCUGAAAGGCCUGAGUGAGUUUCUUUAUAAAUUUGAACUUUGUUCUGAUGAUGAUGAUGGUCAGAAUACUGCUAUCUGUGAAGAAAUACAUGAUUUAUUAAAGCAGUUAAUAGCAAGUUUGGAAUCUCAAAAAAGAAUUGCCCAGCGAAUUGCUUUGUCCAUUAUUGAACUGCAUGGAAAUCACUUUGCUGAAAUGAUGUAUAAGGAAUACAAAUGGUGGCAUUCAACUUUACUGCGAUGGAUUGAAAUGCCUGACAAAGACAAAAAGGCAGGGAUCGCAGCUUUGCAAAGCUUCUAUGACAUUAUUGCAGAUGUGUUGUGUAAGGAAACAGAUGACACGGCAAAAACAGUGUUUGAGUAUUUCAUUGGUUAUUUCCACGAAAAAAUGGCUAGUAAAUCCACACCAAUUGCUGUCCUUCAUACAGUCAUAAAAGCAUUUGGUGACUUCUCCAAGGCUUGUGAAUCCCGCUGGUCAUCAGAAGAUGUAGAAUAUGCGUUUUGUUUUAUUUUGCAAUGUGCUGAGGGUAUAUGUUUGGAGUAUUCAACACAAGAAGAUGUAUGCAUGAAGAGAGUGUGGCAUUUACCUCAGUACUUGGAAUCAUUGGGAAAGCUACUCCUGCAAAAAGAAAUCGUACAUUACUCACAGCAGCUAUCACUGGAACACAUUACAGUAUUACUUAUUCAGAUUUUUCCACAUGCCUAUGAGAGCACUACAUUUAGCAUAAUUAAAGCUAUGCAGAGCUUUUUCUGCAACUUAUCUUUGUCUAAAUUGGUGCUGCUGGAAGACUUUAUAAAUGUAGUAGUGUAUCAAGGACUAAUCCACACUUGUUCCCAUUGCUUGCUGAUUGAUAUGGAGUUGCAGAAAGAAAGACAAAAUGAUGGUCAAAAAAUUAUCACAUAUAAAAACUAUAUGUCUUUAUGGAAAUCGUUAUUUCUGGCACAUAACUACAGAAUUAAAGGACCUUCAGCUGCCACAAAGACUGUUGUUCAGAAGAUGCACAACCAGUUUGUAAUUUUGUUACUGCGUUGUCUGAGAAAGCUGAACCUGAAUACUAGGAAAAAGAUAUUACAGGAUUCUGACAGUUUCUUUAUUGAAGGUGACAUGGAAGCAGUAAAUCCAAAGGAUUUCAAUGUCUUCAUUAAUUUAACAGAUUUUUGUCAAGAAUUUUUUCCACACAUUGAUUCAAAUUUAUUUAAGAAUCACUGUGAAGAAUUCAUUACUCACUUAAUUGUGGAAUCUACACGAGCUCCCAAUGUUAGUGGCUUUUAUAAACUACUCGCAGCUGCGUUGAAGAUAUGCGAUAAACUACAAUUUUUUGGAGAAUCCUUAGUUGUGUACAAGACCAGAGAAGCGUGUUACUGGAAUGUGGUUAAUUUUUUGUGGGAUUCAGUGAAACGACUUCAACAAUAUACAGGAGAUCUCCUUAUUGCAAGUCUACAGCUUGUUCUGUCAUGUCCUGCAAUCAUAAUUCAUCCAAUUAUAAAGGAAACAGGAGAAAUAUUUCUGAUAAUUUUCAGUAUUGCAAAUAGUUAUUUGGAAUUAGGCCACAAUGCAAUGGAUUCACUUGAAAAGUGGACAAAGGAAAUACCUUCAGAGGAUAUGGAUGCACUGAUAACAAAAGUUUUACCUUAUAUGGAACCAUUUCUUCAGAGCAAAAGUGCAGGUUUAGAGAAGGACAUGGAAUUGCGAGUGUUGCAAACUGAACGUAGAUUGCACCAGCCUCGACGAAGGAUCCGGAAGUUUAAACAAGGCUCUACAGAGCUGCCGCAGACAGAACUUGUAAGGCUUCAGUGGAGAAUAUUACACUUUUUGGGGUCAUUGAGAUCUGAUAUCACUCCAGCUCUACUAGCUAAUGAUCCUCUUGCUGUCAACACUGCAUGGGGUCACACAACACACCCUUCCUUUUAUGCUUCAGUUAACUUGUACACAGAUGAUAUUCUGGUGACAACUCUUCAAAAGUUCUGCUGUGCAAAUGAUACUAUUCUACCAGUACAAAGCAAAUUUUUUGAAGAAGGUGAACAAACCGUACCAGGGGAUGUACAUACACUAAAUGGAUAUUACGAGGGUAAUCCCAAAAACCAAUUCCUGCCAAGGAUUAUUGACCUUGCGUUGAAUUCGGGUGACCGGAAAACUCGAGUGGUAUCUUGUGAGCUCCUACAGGCUGUUGUAAUGCUAAUGCUUGGAAUGAAAUGGCACAGAGAAGAGGAAACAAAAGCUGAAUUAUUCAGGAGAAUAAUAUCUGCUGUCAUAAAACUGGGAUGUGAUACUGAUCAAGUAGUUCUACAGAUUUUUUAUCCACUUGCUUUACAAAUGAUUCACUGGUACAGCAGCAGAUUCCAGUACAAUACCAAAUAUUGUAUAAUUGUUGUUGAAGCAAUAAUGGAUGGGAUUACUCACCCUACAGAUUCUUCACUACGUAAAUUUUCCUGCAAAUGCUUACAUGAGUUUAUCGUGUGGUCUGUCAGGCAACUUAAACAGGAAGAACUGGAGAAGUCACCACUUAAUAUUGAAGCUGUAGUGAAACGAAUUUGUUUCCUUUGCACUCAUCCAAGUUUUUCUAAACGACUAGGUUCAGCACUCGCAUUUAAUAGCAUUUAUAGAAAACUGCGGGAGGAGAAAACUAUUAUUGACAGGUUCUGGUUUGAUCUUCUUUAUUAUAUGCUAAGUAAUCUCUCCAUUGCCGACAUUGGUGAUAGUAUAAUUGGUGCUGUGAAAGAAGUACGUUCAGCAGUUUAUCACAUAACACGAGUACUUCAAGAGAAACCCGAUCUUUUCAAUCAGAUCAGCGAAGUUCGUCAUAAACCACCAGAAUUUGAUGGAGUCCAACUUAUUCAUGCUGUCACAUGGCUGUUGAACCAGUGUGGCUCAUUACAGAUCGACUGCAGACGAACAUCCAUGGAUUUGGUCAUGCGUCUUGCAUCACUUAUACCAGGUGUAAAAACUACAAAAGAAUUUGUUUCAAAACUUGUAUCUGAAAAAGGUGUGGCUUAUGUAACAAGGAUUUGUGAUGCUGGCCAUAUACUUGAAUUUUGUGAAGACUUCGAAAACCUCCAAAGAAGUCAGCAGUGGCUAACUGUUCUAACAGCAAGGCUUGAUUGCUAUAUAUGGUUUAUCAAGGAAGAAUUGCUGCAGCUUAGUGUGUUGCUAUUACAGAAUGGAAGGAUUUUUCAAGCAGCAAUUUAUUUUGUUAAGAAAUUAGGCCUUAAAGGGGCAGAUGACAAUCUGUGUGCCACCGGAACUCCGACAGAAGUUGAAAAUUACAGAAGAUAUAAGUUUGUAGCAACUGAACGACUGUUAUAUUUUAUAUUUAUAGUUUGUAAGGCAAGCCAGCAACUUCAACCAGUCUUCCCCAGUGAUUUCCUCAGUAGUAAUGAGCUAUGGGAAUUUAUAUCAUGUUGUCUAAUCAAGCCCACAGAAAUGGGUUUUGGAGCAGAUUUUGCUGAAACUCAUCAGACUCUUUUGACAACAAUGGAACAGUUGAUGAAAAUUCUGAAAGCCAAUUUACCUCCAGAAGCUCUGAACUGCUUGCUUGAAAAUUUAUCCAAACUUCUAAGAAAGUACAGUGAUUUAUUAUUUGGAUCACUUGAAAUGUCUUUCAAGUUGGACACUGUCCAUGCCAGUCAGAGAGAUGCCGUACAAGCAAUGAGUACUCUUAUCAAAAGUGAAUUAUUUGAGCAGGUCAUUGAGAGACAUUCAUCACAACAAUCAUUUAGCAAAGAAAUUUUUGAGAAACUUCUUGCUAGCAUUGUGGUCAAUGAAAGUGUCCCAAAGGUUGCCAUAAAUCUACAACCAAGUGGAAAAGCAUAUGCAAAAUUUUUGAUUGAACUGGCUUUUCUUGCAGAUGGAGAAGUUGAUGAAUUGAUCAAUCUUCUGCUUUAUGGACCGAAGGUGUAUGUCACAGAAAAGGUAGCCAUGGUACGUCACGGUGAGCACUUCCUUGCACAGCUACGUGAGCCAGUGUUGGAUGGAUUACUAAGAAAACAUUCUGGAGUUUACCGUGUUGUAGAGCUGCUUAUCGGGGAUAGUUUGCAGCCAGAGAGAAGUGGCUGGCCACUAAGAUUUCUUAAGCAGCUAUUACAGCGUGCUGCACAUAAAGAUGCCAAGCUAGAAUUGAGUGUUGCAGAUGGUUUGGGAUGCAAAGUUUUGGCAUCUUGGGAGUUGUUGAAGAACUGGGCAAAUGACAUACCAACAAGGAAAUGGCAGGUUGUGGACCUACUGGUACAAACUGUGAGGCUGCUUAAGGAGCCAGUUGGUUGCUUUACACGGUACGCUGCCAUACAUAUUUGGCUUAGAGAGAUAAUAACUACAGAAAAUCUGUCUCUGCAUGAGAAAAAUAGAGUUCUGGACUUGCUCCCAGGACUGGUUAAUGUCAGCAAUGCUGAAGAUCAAAGUCUAUGGGAUCUCCUCUUGAAUCUGCAGUCUCACCAUUUUCCACUUUCAACAAGUGAACUGCAUGAAGGAAGUAUGGAAUUGACCAGCUUUGUGACUUGCUUUCAUAAAUUGCUUUCUGCUUUAGAGAUCUCAGGGAAUAAGAUUUUCCUGAAAGCCAUUAUUGUAUUCUCAGCUGGAGAUAAUGGUCAUAUAUGUGCUCCGAGCAUAGAAAAGCUGCUACCAAAACUUAUGGGAAGGUUGCCAUCAGAAAAGCAACAGCAAUGCUUGGAAACAGCAUUCUCCGUGUUUAGUAACAGAAUGUAUGAUUCAAACACACGACUGGGCAGCAUUGAGAAGUUUCUGGUGCCGCUUGUUAAGUACAGUAGUAUUGGUGCAAUUCAAACCUUUUAUGCUAAAUAUAUUAAAGAUAUUAUGAAAAAUUUGUCUAGCAUGGUGGAAGACACCAACAUAUUCAUCACGAAACAUGACAUUGUUUCAAAAUUUGGUGCUUCCCAGUUAUUAGAUGUUUUACAUUUCAAGUGCAGUAAGGAAGUACUUGAAGACAAAGCAAGCCCCAUCACAAAUGCAGCUUUUCCAGGUGCUGACAUUGAAGGAAAAGAGCUGAUGAGGGAAAUUGUUAAGAGAUUGAAAGCAUUUCGGAGUAUUGAGAAACCAUCAAAUGCUAGGGAAGAUCCUGAAGUACUGGAACUGUUUCGCAAGAUGCAAUGUGCUGCAUACAAUGGUCUAGCAGCUGUCAUUACAAACACAAAAUUUGAAGAAACUUUUGUUUCUGGAUUCCUGUUUUCAGAGAACCAACAGAAGAUUUGGGAAAAUCUUGUAGACUGUGAGACAAAUAUAACCUUUCCCGUGGACUGGGAAAAUGUUCCCCGAAGACGGAAAAUGUUAGUAAACCUCAGACAGAAAUGUGAUGGAGCAGGCAAUGCCAUGGACAGUGCACAACCCAUCAGUUAUAUUCCAUCACAUUCACAGUUUCUUCUCCAUAGCUCACUGGCUGAAGAUGUGACACAAUUUGACUUCACGCUGAGUGUUGUGCGUCCUCAGGGUCCCCCUGGGAAUGUCAAUGAACAGAUGGAUGGCACUGUAAUCGACUUGGAAAUGGAUGUUGUUAAUCAGCAUGUGUGUAUGCCAGUCUUAUGUGCACUGCUACAGAACAUGUACAAACAAAAUCUCAUAACAGUUCCACAACCAGGGGAGAAAGGAAAUUUGCCAUCUUUUAUGGAGAAUAUGAAGAAAUGCCUCCUAUCUGAUAGGCACAGAAAUGUGAAAAUAUUUAUUGUGAAACUGAUACUGAACAAUGAGAAUAUCUUCUUGCCAUUUGCAAAUCAUUGGUUGUACCCCUUGUUGUUACUUAUAAAAGAUGGGUCUUUUGGUAAUGAAUUAAAUUAUUUCAUCACUGACGUUUUAGCACUACUACUAUCAUGGAGUGGAAGAGCUAUUCCAGAUUCUAAUGAUUAUGAAAAGCAAUUGACUAGUGAAGUUUUUAGAUUCUUAAUUGAACACUCAUUCCACAGGAGACGGGAUAUUAUGAAGCACAAUUUAGAACUAAUAAAGACAGUUGUUGAGCUAUGGAAGAGUUGUUUGACUGUACCAUAUGAUUUAAUUUUAGAUUACCUAAAAAGGAAGUAUGAUACAGAUAAAGAUGCAGAAUUUGGUAUACAGUUAGUUGGAGCAAUCUGCUGCAACAGAAUCAAUCCAUGGGAUGAAAACACAGUGAAUAAUGUUCUAGACAUCCUUUGGACUAAAAUGGAUGUCAACAGUAGAGAAGUAUACUUACCAUGUUCUGAACUUAUCGGAAUUAUUUUGAAGCGUAUGCAUGAUGAUGAUGAUGAUAUUAGUGUACAACCUGACAAUAAAUUCCUGAGUAAUGUGAGAUCUGUUCUUAAUAAACUAAGUUACAAAAGUCGAGACAAAUAUCUUCUGUGUUUACACGGUGUGCAGAAACAUUACCCUCAAGUAGUUGACAAAACUUUUAUGCAAGAUGUGGCUUUUAAUCUAAAGAAAUGUCAAGGAAGCUUUAAGACAUUAAGUUUGGAAAUAAUGUUAUCUGGAAUUGAAACAUUAGGUGAAGAUGCAUAUGGAUUCCUAAAAAGUAAUGGGCUGCUGGACUUCGUUGACCAACCAGAUAGUGGUGCUCAACUUGCAGCACUAAGAGUGCUGGAGAAACUCUUGUUGCUAGACCGAGACAACAGCAGCAUUUGCCACAUGAAAGAUGCUGAAAAGCAGAGUCUUUUGGAUGCAGUAUGUCCUAUUGCAGUUAAACGUUCAACUGCUGCCUCAUGUCGUCACCUUGCAUUUCAGAUCCUUUCCAGUGACACUGAUGCCCAUGAGGGUGCCCGAAAAGCCCUCCUUUCUGGAUUGGCAGAUUCAGACCCAGAUAUAAAGGAAUUUGUUCUGAGGUACUGGCGGUCAGAUUCGCAGUUACCAGUUUCUGCUUCAGAAAGACUUAUAUAUAUAUUGACCCACCUGUACAGCACAGAAACAGAAGUACAAUUUCUGGGAUAUGCUCUUCAGGUUUUAUUAGAAGCUUGCACAACAUCACCGGAUUAUAACCGAAACAUAUACCUCAAGCCUCUAGAAGAAUGUCAUUUUGAGGAGUACCCUAUCUCUGUUUCUCGGAGAGCCCAGAACAUUUCUUUGGUUCCUCUUUUUGCUGAGACAUUAGCUAGUCAAGCAAAUGAAUCUCUGAUGGAUGCUACAGCCAUUAUCAGGGCUACUCAAAACAACCUGGAAUUUUCACCAACAUUAAACGCUGAGAGACAUACAUUUGCUGAGAGCUAUCAACAAAAUCCAGCCUUCACUUUAACCAGUGGUUCGUUAUUUUCAACUAGAAGUAAUACUGCCCCACAAAAUACAAAAUCAAGUUGUUCUGCAGCACUUCAAGGGAUUAGUGAACAAAAUGUAAGUACUGACAAACUUAAGCGAAGAUUUGUAAGAGAUGAGAAGAAAAUUGGCUAUUACUUUGCAAAAAGAGAGGUAAGACGCACCAUGAAGAUAAAGGAACUCCAAGCAGAAAGGUCUAAAAAGGAAGCAACUGUAUCUCUGUUUCGGAAAUAUCGGAAAGGAGACCUUCCAGACAUUGAAAUCCAAUUUUCAGCAUUUAUUAAGCCUUUGCAGGCCUUAGCUAAGAUGGAUGUAGUAAUUGCUCAGCGAUUACUCACAGCCAUAUUUGCAAGUAUCCUUAAAGAACUAAGUGAAAAUGAAGAGGACUUCACAGACAGAAUCAAACAAGUAUUUGAAGAUAUUUUUGAAAAAACAGUAGCAUGUCCACCAUCCCUCAUUGGAUCCAUAAUUGAAAUGGCUCUCUUAAGUCCACAGUCAAUCAUACUUGAUGUCGAGAAACUAUCUGCAGUUUGCAGGGCAGCAAGUUUGUUUCCAACUGGUUGCCUUUUGCUAGAAAAUUAUAUUAUUAAUGAUGUUCAGAGUCUUGAUCCAAUACCAACAAAACGACAGAAAGGCCCUACGGGUGACAUUCAUUGGUUACGACUAGCAGAGUUGUAUACGGGCCUUGGAGAUUGGAACUCUGUCCAAGGAAUAUUUCGAAACAGUUUGGAAACAUCUGAAAACUUGCGAAAGGCUCUUGUAUGUCAAGCAGACAUGGAAUGGAAACCUGCAAGUUUGCAUUAUCGCAAUGCUUUAAAGGACACAUCAUGUGAAGACCUACAGGACUUCUGUCGUAGCUCGUAUUACAAGUGCCUGGCUCAUCUCUCCUCGUGGGAUAAAAUCACUGCUGAAAUAAGGCAUAAUGAGCUAAACAAUAAUUGGAAUGAGGUUUGGUCUGAACCAUGGUACACAGAGAAAAUGCUGCCUGUCCUGUUUGCAGCACAGAUACAGCUUAAAUUAAAAGGAUCAGAUUGCUCUGAAUUUGAAAGCUGUGUUGAAGAAUGGCUAGCUGAUGAGGAAAAGAAAUCCACUCUAGUGCAAUCCAUGAGUGAGGAGCUCUCAAUAUUAGACAUUACAAACAACAAAUUUAUUAAUGCUCGCAUACACGCAGAACAGUACCUUUCACUCUUUCUGCAACAAUGGGCAGAAAUAGGUCCUGCAUCAUAUGCCAUCAGAAGCAAAAGACUGAUGGACCUGCAGAGAAUAACAGAGAUAAUGCUCUAUCUGGACAUUGCAAACGUCUCCAAUCUUGAAGCUGAUCUCGCAAAACUGGAACAGUUUAUGAAGCCAUGGGCUACAGAUCUACCAAGUGCAACAAGUUCACUUGAAGACUGGGAACGGAAAGUUUUGUACAGGUGUUACUUCUUAAAACAAACAGCUGAUAGGUUGUCAUCAGACAGUGCCACUGAUGAUCAUUCCUGGUUGAAAACCACUGAAGUUGUUUGUAGAAUGACUGUAACUGAUUUGGCACUCUUACAGAAAAAUUAUUUUGUGGCAAAAAAAUAUGCUAUGGAUAUGAAGGAGAAGGUUGAAAUUUGUGGUGAUGAAGCAAUGAACAUUCAGCAUGGCUUGCAUAUUCUCAAACUCGCCUCACUUAAAGCAAGUAAAAGCACAGAGCUCAAAAAGAAAUUUUCACUUAUGGUUGAUGUUCUUGACACAUUAUCAUCACUUCAGAGGAGGUCUAAAAAUAACAACUGCCUUUCUGAACUUAUCUCUGUUAAUGAAGAACAGUGCAGAUUUUCACAAGAUCUUCUGUCGGUACUUAAAACAAAUCAGGAUAAACUACGAUCACUGAGUUCAUCAGACAUGGACAUUCUUUUGAGAUGUGUGGGUUCUCCUAGAGUAGAGCCAGAGGAACUGUUGACAGCAAUUAAGAAACAUGGUUUCAUAGCUGCCACAGAAGCUGUUCAUGUAGCUGAACAUCAGUUGUGGAAGAAUUCCUGUAGCACUGUGGGAGACAGAAGCAUGGAGCACAGACUUGCAGAUUUACAUCUAAAACUUGCACAGUAUUGUCGCAGUCACUAUGGUCCUGACACCCAAAAUUAUGACAUCACCAUUGUAACCUCACUACUGAAGGCUAUGAAGUAUGGCUCAGCUGAAGCUCGCCAGCUAUUUCCAUGUCUUCUGGAGCUACAUCGUUUGCCAACUGAACUGUUAUAUGAAUUUAAAACUCAGAGUGCCUCUGUCCCCGAGUGGAUGUUUCUUGGAUGGGUGAGCCAGAUUUUGGCUUCUUUGGACUCGCCUGUGGGGAUUGCCUUACAUGAGCUUGUAAUUCGUAUGGCAAAAGCCUACCCACGAGCUCUAAUUUAUGCUUUUAAAGUUAGUGCCAAAAAGUACACAUUUGAUGAGAUCUCAGAAACCAGUGAAUCUGCCAGAAUCAUUGUAGACAGAUUAAAGACCAUCCUGUUAAGUGACACCAUUGUGGAAGAAUUUACAAAUGCAUUUUCUUGGCUGUGUUUGCCACAUAUAUUGUUGGGCAAUGAACUCAAAAAUUUAUCUCAGCUUUUAGAAGCUGGAGUGGCAAACUUAAAUCAGUUCAAAACUGAAUUUCAAGAAAUGUUGAACAGAUUGUUUGUGUCGCGAAGGGAGAUGACUUCACAAGGCAAUAGUGCAUUAUGUGGUGAGAUUUUCAGUGAAAUUGAUGAAUAUUAUCCAGAUGAAAACAAAAGAAGUUCAAAAUCUCAGAUUCAGAAAGGUGAAAUACACUUGGGUGCAGUGUUAACGACCGUCAAUAGUGGUAAUAUUGAAGAAGCACUAGAAAUCAUCCAGAAAUGCAGGAUGGAAUUACACAACAAGUCAAGGUCAACUAAAAGCAGUUACUUUCUACUGGAGUUCAGCCCAUGGCUUAAGAACUUUCAAGGAGAUAAGUGGGGGAAUGACCUAGAAAUACCUGGACAGUAUACUGGAGAAUCACGCCCUCUUCCACAUUUGCACAUUAAGAUUGCAAAUUUCCAUCCAGAGGUGAUCGUAUUACAUUCAGUGCGGAAACCUAUAAGGCUAACAAUACUUGGCAAUGAUGCAAAGGAACAUCACUGUAUAAUAAAACAUGGUGAGGACUUGCGCCUUGAUCAGAGAAUUCAACAACUAUUCAGUCUUAUGACUAAAAUGUUAACACAGGAUUCAGUGUGCAGAGAACAGCAGCUGCGCAUAAAAACCUAUCAGGUUGUACCACUUAGCAGCAAUCUUGGUUUCAUACAGUGGGUGGAUAAUACAAAAACUCUGGAAGAAUUAAUAGAAUCUUCAUACACAGGAGAAGAGAAAACAUCUGUGGAUGAGGCUUUACGACGCUAUAGAGACUGGCUCUCUGCUUCAAGUUCAAGUAAAAAAAACUUGACGGACAAAGAAAAAUAUGAAAGUGCUUACCGUAAAUAUUCACCUGAAGAAACAGUUAAAAUAUACAAUGAGAAUGUAAACAGCGUACCUUGGGAUAUUAUGUGGCGUGUCAUUCGGAAUGUAAGCACAACAGCAGAAAUCUUCUUUACAAAACGCCACCGCUUUGCUUCUAGUUAUGCAACCAUGUGUAUUGGUCACUGGUUGCUUGGUAUAGGUGACAGACACCUUGGCAACUGCUUGGUGUUUCCUCACAGUGGAGAGUGCCUAGGUGUUGACUUUGGGUAUGCAUUUGGAACAGCUACAGAAUUCCUCCCAGUGCCAGAACUUAUGCCAUUCAGGUUAACUCCGCAUAUCGUUAACUUAAUGGAACCGCACAAGACUUCAGGAGUGCUGGAAGAGACAAUGGUACACGUUUUGCGAUUGCUACGUAAUAACCAUCAGUUAUUAUUGGCAACAAUGAAGGUAUUUGUUCAGGAACCAUCAUUAGAUUGGCUGUUUUAUGCAAAGAGGAAGUCACCAGGAAAUGUGCAAAGUGAUCCCAAGCGAUUUUCAAGGGAGAAAGUGGAGUUAGCAAGAAAAAAAUUUGAAGGUAUAAGUCCAGCAGUGAUUACAGAAGAAGAGCUACUAAGUGGACACUCAGAUCCAACAAAUUUUCGAACAGUUCUGUGGGGUCCGAGUACGACACUGAGAUAUACUUUUGGUAGAAAACUUUUAUCACCACAUGAUCAGGUUAAGUGUCUCAUUGAGCAAGCAACAGAUCCCCACAUAUUAGGCAAGACUUGGGAAAGAUGGCUUCCAUGGAUAUGAAGUCAUUUGUGUCAUAACCUGUGGAGUUUUAAUACAUUCUUUUUAAACCAAUUUUUUUUAAAUAUAUAUUUAAAUGGCUGGGAUAUUUAUAAUUUUUUCUGCAUGCAUUUUUCAUCUUAUGAAAUAUUAUAAAUUUUGUAUUAUAUUGGCCGAUUUGUAGUCAUCAACUACGUGUAAAAAAGGCUGUUUAUAUUAUGAAAUACAUGUUUUUUAAUAAAAUGUUUAUCAAGUGUAUAA